CGUCAAUCUCCCUGAUCGCACAUUCCACUCGGCUAGCUACUGUACAUAGCCGGGUCGGGUUUUGGCGUGCAAGGAAACGAGCCUGGGUUGAGCCCUAGUACGUUUCAGCCAAUUCCAAAUCAGUAUUGUACAUUCGUACUCUCGGCUUUUUGAGUAAACACCGUGUUUUCGGCAGAUUAAACAAAUGACGCUUCAUUUUAUUAGGACUAAUUCGGAGGAAUUCAUUCUCGCGUAAUGAUUAGCCUACUAGCAAACGCAUGACGUGAGGUAAUUUAGACUACUUGUCAUUUCAAUAAUUUACUAAGCUCGUUGUCGUUCGCGUUAACUGCAACCUACAGUUCUACUUCUCAUCAUGGACGAGAAGACAUUCACGAAAGAAGUGGAUCAAUGGAUUGAACAACUGAACGAGUGCAAGCAGCUGUCAGAAAACCAAGUCAAAAUAUUGUGUGAAAAGGCUAAGGAGAUUUUAACGAAGGAGUCCAACGUGCAGGAGGUGAGAUGCCCCGUCACAGUAUGUGGCGAUGUCCAUGGCCAGUUCCACGACCUCAUGGAGCUGUUCAAGAUCGGAGGGAAGUCCCCCGACACCAACUACCUGUUCAUGGGCGACUACGUGGACAGAGGCUACUACUCUGUGGAAACAGUCACGCUCCUGGUGUCUCUCAAGGUUCGCUACCCUGAGAGAAUUACCAUCCUUCGGGGGAACCACGAGAGCAGACAGAUCACACAGGUGUAUGGUUUCUAUGACGAGUGCUUGAGAAAGUACGGAAAUGCAAAUGUUUGGAAAUACUUCACAGACCUGUUUGAUUACCUGCCUCUCACCGCGUUGGUUGACACACAGAUCUUCUGCCUCCAUGGAGGACUGUCUCCCUCUAUUGACACACUGGACCACAUCAGAGCCCUUGACCGCAUUCAGGAGGUGCCUCAUGAGGGUCCCAUGUGUGACUUGCUGUGGUCAGACCCCGAUGACCGCGGAGGUUGGGGUAUUUCACCCCGUGGUGCCGGAUACACGUUUGGGCAGGACAUUUCAGAGACCUUCAACCAUGCCAAUUGCCUGACUCUGGUCUCAAGGGCUCACCAGCUGGUGAUGGAGGGCUAUAACUGGUGCCAUGAACGAAACGUGGUGACUAUUUUCAGCGCGCCAAAUUAUUGUUACCGCUGUGGUAAUCAGGCAGCUAUCAUGGAACUGGAUGACACGCUUAAGUAUUCCUUCCUGCAGUUUGAUCCUGCUCCUCGGAGAGGGGAGCCUCACGUGACCCGCCGCACCCCUGACUACUUCCUGUAAAGAUCCUGAGCACCGAAAAAGUAUUCGCCAUUGAUGCAGUUCACCCUAAAUCACAUUAGGACAAGGCCAACGACAUCAAUAUUCAAUAAAUAUUUCCAUGGACCAAAGUGUGUGCCAUGUUCAUUAAACAUCUGCAAAAAAAGCCACCACGCAAGUCGAUCACAAAAGUUAACAAUAUUGCCCUCUGCAUGAUCGGAUCAUCGUAUUUUAUUCCAAAAUCGCUUUCGUUCCGUCAAGACAAUGAAACAUGGUGGUCCCUGCUGGUUAGGAAGAUGUUUUUAAUUUUGUGAUUUUUACUGUCGGGCGUAAGGUGUUGGGGUGGCCUCUGUGAAUUCAUAUUCAAAUACCCUUAGAUAAAUGCUUCAGUCUGAAUACUGUUGGGAUGUUGUGCUGAAUAGAAACUACUUUGCCAUGUAAGUUAGUGGCAGCUCCUCUGCAUGGCUUUUUGAAGAUUUUUACAAUAACAGGGAUUUCUGUGAAGGGAGGGGACACUGAGACUGGGUUACAUGCUUUUUUCCUUUUUUUCCCGCACUUGUUUCGCACCUGUCGGUUUAAUUUUGAUGACUGUAUGAUGUUUUGUAGAGCAGGAUUAUCAUAAAUAUUAUUUUAUAUUUAACACCGGCUUAAAGUUGCUGCAGCUUUCUUUUUCUCUGUCACGGCUUCUAUUCCAUUCAGCUGUAUAGGUAUUCCAAGACGAGGUCUAAAUUAUUUGUUUAUUUCUUUGUAAAAGCCUGUUUGGGAGACUUCAGCACUUAAAUAAAGACUGGGGUUACUCCACAUGAAA